UUGUUUUGCAUCGGGAAUAUUUGGGUAUCAUGUUAGAUUUUGUGGUAAUUUUUAGUAAAGGGGGCAUAGUUUUGUGGAAUUGCAAUGCAACUGGUGAAAAUGUGACGCCCUACAUCAACAACCUUAUACGUAGCGUUAUAUUGGAGGAACGCAGCACCGAAUCCAAAUAUUUCGAAGAAGACAACUUGGCGCUGCAAUUCAAGUUGGACAAUGAGCUCGAAUUAGUGUUUGCUGUCGUGUAUCAAAAGAUCAUCAAGUUGCCCUACGUGGACAACUUUCUAACCCAACUACAAGCUGCUUUCAAAGACAAGUUUGGAGAUCAAUUGGCGACGUCUCAAAAGUUUGCUUUGAAAUAUGAAUUCGAACGAGAAUUCCGUACCACCUUGGCAGCAGCAGAGAACUCCGCCAAACAGAGCAGCAAGGCCCCGAAGACAAUGCGUUCUUUCAACGAAUCCCUAAAGUCAAAGAAAACUGUAGCAUCACUCAUUGAAAGUCCCAAUGACAACAAAGCCAAGGAACACACUAAGAAGCAAGUAAAUAUUAUAGAAAGCCCUAAACCCUAUGUUGAAGAAAAGGGAAUUUCAAAUGUUGAUAUAAUUAUGGAGAAUCGUAAGAAGCUAAUGGGAAAGAUGGCUGGCAAGAAGAGUCCACCAGAGAACAAGAACAAGGGUGAAAAGGAAAAGGCUGGUAAGAAACCGAGAGUGUGGGACUUGGGAGGAAGUUCAAAAGAUGCAGUCGUUCUUGAUCGUUCGAAAGAUCAACCAGAAGACGUUCAAUACAGGAAUAUACAAAACGAUAUUGUUGGCACCAUGCAUGGCAGUAUUCGUGACUUGGAGGUGGAGAGCGACGAUGAAGAAGAAAUAGGUGACAGCGAUGUUCACCAAUACUCAAACACGGAUAACAAGAAAAAGUCAGGUAUUUUGUCCUACUUCAAAGGCUUUGUCGGUGGCAAGACGUUAUCACGGGUAGAACUUCAACCGGCUUUGGAAAAAAUGCGUGAUCAUCUUAUAUCGAAAAACGUUGCAUCAGAUAUUGCACAUAAGCUUUGCGACUCCGUAUGUACAAGUUUGGAAGGUAAAUCGGUUGGUACAUUUGAUUCGGUUGCUACAAUGGUUAAAGAGGCCUUAAGUACCUCCCUGGUACGAAUCUUGUCUCCCAAGCGUCGUGUCGAUAUCAUACGUGAUGCACUGGAAGCCAAGAGAAAUAACAGACCGUAUACCAUUAUUUUCUGCGGUGUCAAUGGUGUUGGCAAAUCGACAAAUUUAGCCAAAAUUUGCUUUUGGUUAAUAGAAAACGAUUUCAAUGUGUUGAUUGCUGCGUGUGAUACGUUCCGUGCUGGCGCUGUAGAACAACUGAGAACUCAUACGCGGCAUUUGAACGCCUUGCAUCCUGCGGAGAAGCAUGGCGGUCGCACCAUGGUGCAACUAUAUGAAAAGGGAUAUGGUAAGGAUGCGGCUGGAAUUGCUAUGGAAGCUAUUAAAUUCGCCCACGACACACGUGUCGAUGUGGUGCUGGUGGACACAGCUGGGCGCAUGCAGGACAAUGAACCGUUGAUGCGUUCACUGGCAAAGCUCAUUAAAGUAAAUGAUCCCGAUCUUGUCCUCUUUGUCGGCGAAGCAUUGGUGGGCAAUGAAGCUGUUGACCAGCUGGUAAAAUUCAAUCAAUCAUUGGCUGACUAUUCCUCCGACGAAAAUCCACACAUUAUCGACGGCAUUGUACUGACGAAGUUCGACACCAUUGACGACAAAGUGGGUGCGGCCAUCUCCAUGACCUACAUUACGGGGCAACCUAUAGUUUUUGUUGGAACUGGUCAAACCUAUUCGGAUUUGAAGGCGAUCAACGUAAAUGCCGUUGUACACUCCCUUAUGAAAUAGGACAUUUUGUU